CCAUUGAUCUGUUGGUCUUCAUCGAGAAAGACUUUUACAAAGUAUCAUCAAAAAUUUGCAGAAACGACUGAUGGACUGUGAGCAUUUAAAAACUGGAAACCAACUGCAAGACACCACAAGCAAACUACAGUUUCUAUAGUUUUUGGUGCCAGAGUACUGGGAUUGUGAGGAAAUAGUCGUUCCAUGGGCAGCAGCUGAAGAACAACUGUGCACAUUUAGUGACAUUUUCAACUACAACAUUGACAUCAACAAUUAUAGAGAUUUUGUGGAAAAUGUCUUAAAAAAUUCGAAGAGGUAUGCAAUUCCUGACAGUAUCAAAAAAGCAAAAGAUAUUGUCAGAACAAUUGCAGUGAGUUCUGCAGAAGCGGAAAGGGGUUUUUCAAAAAUGAACCUGAUAUGUUCAGAGAGCAGAAGUCGCCUAGCCGUUUCCAAUCUAACCAACCUCAUGACAAUCAGCAUUAUCGGACUACCUCUUCCAAAAUGGGACCCUAUUCCUGCAGUGAAAAAAUGGUUCAGAGAACACCAUCACUCAGCCAAUGAUCCGUGCAUCAAGUGCAAGAAAAGUGGAAGUGAGGAGAAUGUCACUGGAACAGCUACGUGGAAACAUCUCAAAGCUAAAGAUAACAGUAUUAUGUCAAAAAAGGGCAAAGAAGUUACAUUGACUUGGCCAUGCCUGCCUGGCCACCAAGCCACGCCCACUGGGUCACCUGGCCACCAAGCCACGCCCAACAAUUAAGCCACGCCCACAGAGCCGGUAGCGAAAAUUUUUAGAUUUCACCCCUGAUUUCACCCCUGCACUACACCUGUAAGCUGCCAUUUCAAGAUGCAUUAAACCCAAUUUUA